GAUUUACUGUCACUGCGACAUAGUCAUACGUCUAUUCCUCAUCUCAAAACUGAAACGGCGAUAACCAAAGCUAUGGAACAUCUUUCAGCGCCUUUUGACGAUCUCGUUAUGCUUCAUCUAAAAACUCUUUCCUCGGCAAGUAAAGACGACCCACGGACUACAUACAAUUAUCAAAGUUCAGUUGUACAAAGCUUAACAAGAAUUCUCCAACUUCAAAAAGAUGAUAACUGGAUGUUACCUGUGAUGAAUGUCGUGUGCUUAGAACUGAGAUUAUUGGCUAUACAAGCUGAGAAUACAAAAAGUAAAAACACAAAACCUGGAGAAGUAUUAGAAAAAUGUGCUGAAUGUUUGAUGGGAUGUUUUCGAGUUUGCGCUGCAGAUAAUCGAAGUUCUGAAGAAGACACAAAACGUUGGGGAAUGUUGGCACUUGUUAAUCAAUUACUCAAAGUUUAUUUCCGUAUCAACAAACUUCACUUAUGCAAACCUCUUAUAAGAGCUAUUGAUUCAUCAAUUUAUAAAGAUCACUUCCCCUUAGCUCAAAGAGUAACAUAUAAAUUUUUCGUCGGAAGAAAUGCUAUGUUUGAUAGCAAUUACCGAUCCGCUGAUGAGUAUUUGACGUUUGCUUUUGAACACUGUCAUAAACAAUCAGCUAAGAAUAAAAGAUUAAUACUUACUUAUUUAAUACCCGUAAAAAUGUUAUUGGGCUUCAUGCCGAAAAAAAGCCUUCUAGAAAAAUACAAUCUCAUGGAAUUUUGGGAUUUAGUAGAAGCUGUGAAAAAAGGAGAUUUGCGAAAGUUGGAAACAGUAAUGACUGAGCAUGAAAGUUUUUUCAUUGGUGCUGGUAUUUAUUUAAUAGUCGAAAAACUAAAGUUGUUGGCUUACAGAAAUCUUUUUAAAAAAGUUUGGUUGGCUUUAAAUACUCAUCAAAUACCAGUCAGCAAUUUAUUAACAGCUUUAGAGAUUUAUGGAGUCGAAGAUGUUGAUAUGGAUGAAACUGAAUGUCUAGUAGCUAAUUUAAUAUAUGAAGGCAAGAUCAAAGGAUAUAUUUCACAUCAACAUAAAAAACUUGUUAUUUCUAAACAAAAUCCGUUUCCUCGACUUUCAUCAAUUAUUUAA